AUGAAGUUAUGGAUAGUAUUAAUUUUAAUAAUCGGCGGAGUUCAGUGCGAUGGAUUCUCAGAUCAAGUCUUCAAAACAUUGAAUAUCGGAGAAGGAAACGCAUGUUACAGGACAUUCAAUAAAACUCAUGAAUUCGGGUGCCAAGCAACGAAAGACAAUGAGAAUGGUCUCAUAGUACGGAUAGACAAACAUGAAGACUUCAAAAAUCUCGAUUCGUGCUGGCGGUCGUUUUAUCCUUCGUAUUCUGGAAAGUUUUGGGCAAUGGUUCCAGUCGAUCUCAUUCGUCGAGAUUCAAUUUCUAUGCUGAAGUCUUCCGAUUGUCUAGCCGGAAUAGUGCUGUACAAUUCAAAUCAAUCAAUGCAUCCAGAUGAGAAGACUACAGCUGCGUCACACGAUGGUGAUUGUCCGAAUGCUGCAAGUGAUUAUUACUUUCAAAACGAUACGGAAGCCUACUGCGAGAGAAAAUUCAACUCCCGAGGCUCGAUUACUCCUGAUGGCUUGAUGCGAAUGGACUGGCGAGUUCAGAUGAUUUUUAUCAAUAAUUCUACUGAUCUCGAUGUGAUAAAACGGUGUUAUUCUAUGUUCAACACACCUAGAGAGGACGGUUCGACUGGAUAUCCAUAUUGUGGAAUGAGUUUCCGAAUGACUAAUAUGGCAGCUGGAAAUUCGGAAAUUUGUUAUCGAAGAGGCAAAAACGACGCGAAACUUUUCCAAAUGAAUAUUGACAGCGGAGAUGCUCCUCAACUAUGUGGUGCUAUGCACAGCGAUAACAUUUUCGCAUUCCCUACACCGAUUCCCACGACACCAUUCAAUGAUACACAUCAUUCUAGCAAGUACAUGAUGGUGGCUUCGAGAAUGGACAGUUUUGGAAUGAUUCCAGAAGUUUCUGUUGGAGAGGUUUCGGUGCUAACCUCCAUCAUUUCUGUCCUUGCGGCCGCCCGUUCGAUGGGUGAUAACAUAGAAAAGUGGAAAAAAGCAUCGAAUGUUUCGAAUCGCAACAUAUUUUUUUCGUUUUUCAACGGCGAAUCUUUGGAUUAUAUUGGAAGCGGUACCACUGCUUACCAGAUGGGGAAAGGCAUGUUUCCUCAAAGUCUCAGGGAAGAUCGAGCACAUAUUCAUCCAGUACUCUUAGAAGAGCUCGAGUAUGUCUUAGAGGUCCAGCAAGUCGGCGUCGCCGAAGGAAGAAAAUAUUAUGUACAUAUUGAUGGCGACCGUUAUGAUCAGGACAGAACACCGACGGAUAAAAUUAUGGAUAAAAUCGAAAGAGGUCUCAGAAGUCAUGGUUUCGACUUGGAAAAGCCUUCUGGCAGCCAGAGGAAAGUACCACCAUCCAGUUGGCACUCGUUUGCAAAAGCGGAUAGUAAAGUCAAAGCCGUGUUGAUUGCUCCAUUCAAAGAAGAAUAUGACUACAAAAGAAUCAAUUCAAUUCUGGAUAAGAAUCAAUGGACUUCCGACGAGAAGGAGAAGGCCGUUCAAGAAAUCGAAGCAGUUGCGACAUCGAUUCUUGCAGCUUCUGCUGAAUACGUCGGACUAGAAACCGAUGAUGUAGUAGCGAAAGUUGAUAAAAAACUUGUUACAACAUUGUUCGAGUGUCUAAUCACCUCGAAUUUCUGGUUUGAUUGUGAUUUUAUGCAAAAGCUGGAUGGAGGUCGGUACCACAAACUAUUCGAUUCUUAUGGAUUCAACGAAAAGUCGACGUAUAUUUCAAUGGAAACUCACACUGCGUUCCCGACGGUUCUCCAUUGGCUGACGAUCUUCGCUCUGGGAAGUGAUAAAGAGACACUGAAUGUGAAGAGUGAAAAAAGCUGCUCACAUCUCGGACAAUUCCAGGCGAUGUACACAUACACUUGGCAACCAAGUCCUUACACCGGCAGCUUUAGCUGUCUGAAAUCUGCUAUUGUGAAGAAAGUGAUGGUGUCUCCAGCCGUUGAUCCGAGUACCCCUGAAGAGGAAAUGAACACAAGAUAUUCCACUUGGAUGGAAUCUGUCUAUAUAAUUGAAAAUGUCAACUUGUACCUGAUGGAAGAUUCUUCGUUCGAGUAUACCAUGCUUAUCAUUUCUGUGAUCUCAGCUUUGCUAUCAAUGAUUGCCGUUAUUCGUUGUUCCGAGGCUACAUUCAUCGUCGACGAAGGUGAACCAGCAGCAGAAGGAGGAGAACCCCUUUAG